CCAUCGGGUUGAGUAGACAAAUCAUUAUAACCUCUCUAAAACCCUACUCCUGUCUCUGUGUUCUACUCCAAUCCAUAUCUCUCGAUUCCUAAACUUUUUUAUAAAAAACCCUAAAUCACGCCUCUCUCAAGCUUCUAUCUUUCACACCGGACUCUCCUCGGUUCCAUCUUUCUCUGCCGCCAGUACGUGUGCAGAUAUGGCUACCGAGGAAGGUGUUCAUUCAGCCCAGAUGGUUUCUGAUUCCUUUGUGAAACAGUACUUUUCUUUUUUAAAAUAUCAUACUCAAGAAGCUUGUAGGUUUUACGUUGAUGCCAGUGUUGUCACCAGACCUAAACCUGAUGGUACUAUGAUGUCUUUUACUUCCGUUGAGGCUAUCAAGGAUCAGAUCCUUUCCUCUGACUAUGAGAAUACUACAUUUGAGAUCUCGAGUGUCGAUUCUCAGACUUCUUUUGAAGAUGGGAUUUUUAUCAUGGUUGUUGGUUUCUUGACUGGUAAAGAUAACCUGAGGAGGAAGUUCUCUCAGAUGUUUUAUCUGGCACAUCGGAACCAGGAAACGCCAACCUAUGAUGUCCUCAAUGACCUUUUUCGUUAUGUUGAUGAUGAUGACUCCACCCCAAAAUCUCUACCUGCAACUGAGAAGGUGAAGCCAGCUGAUGAGGUCAAGAAGACCGAGAAGUCUGUUACUGCUGCUGUUACAAAGAAUGCUGUUGCUAAAGCUGCUGCUCCAUUGGACAAUGGAAAGGUCAAGCGCUCUGAAGAAAAAGCUGUUACUGCUCAAAAACCAACAGAGCCAGUUGCUGAAACAGUUGCUCCUCAGCCUGAAGGAGCCAAGAAAUCGUUUGCUGCGAUAGUUCAAUCAGCGGCACACAACGUUGCUCCGUUUCAAGUUAAAGCUGUUAAAGCCCCGGUUCAGAAACCUAAAGUCGUGGAACAACCCCGUGCUGCUGGAGCACCUCAAAAACCUGCUUCUGUCAGUAACUCUGUAAAGAAAUCCAAUCAGAGGAUCAUUGAUGAACCAGGAACUGCGAUAUUUGUGGCUAAUCUGCCAAUGAAUGCAAUGCCACCUCAACUCCAUGAACUGUUCAAGGAUUUUGGUCCUAUCAAAGAAAAUGGGAUUCAAGUCCGAAGCUCCAGGGGCCAGACUAAUGCAGUUUGCUUCGGGUUUAUCUCCUUUGAGUCUGCUUCCUCUGUCCAGAGCGUGCUUCAGGCUGCCAAGAACACGCCUUUCAUGCUUGCAGACCGUAAGCUUCGUGUAAAGGAAAAAGAAGUUGACUACGAUGGAAGUAAACAACCUUCUGGGAAAGCCAGAGGUGGAAGCAGUGUAAGCAAGACGCAGGCUCAGGCUCAACCUCAGGCUCAACCUCAGGCUCAACCUCAGGCUCAGGCUCAGGCUCAGGCUGAGAAUGGCUCUGCUGCCCCUGCAGAUGAGGGAGAUGAGUUCACGCUCGUCAUAAGCCGUAGGAACCGUAGAGGUGGAAGUGGUGGAAGCAGUGAAAGCAAGACACAGAAUGGAUCUGCAGAUGGCGAAGAUGAGUUCAAGCCAGUCAGAAGCCGUAGGAACGGUGGAAGAAACGAAAGAAGAGGAGGAGGAGCACGCAAUGGAAACGGAGACAGUAACCAAAAACACAGUGAAGGAAGAAGAGCCCCUUAGGUUCAAACAAAGAACUUACUAGAUGAUGAUCCUGUCCUCCUUUACAAACACCACCAACACAAGAAGAACACCUAUAAUUUGCAGCUUUACUAGAAAUUUAAUUGUUUCAAGUGUUUGCAAAUUGAGAUUACUUUACAGAUUCAAAUAUUUUUACUUCUUUUUCUUAGGUUUCUUUUUUUGUUUUCUCCUCGUGGAACUCAAUUUAAUUCUUCAUUUCCUAGUGUCUUUUUGUUUUCUUCUAUAUUCCAAAUUUUUUAUUCGAAUA